AUGGAAAAUUUGAUUCCUGAUGAUUCCACUUCUAAUGCCUCAACAUCUAAUAAUAACAAAAUAGUAGUAAUCAGCGAUACUUAUACAAUAAAAACCAGUAGAACAUAUUUAAAAAAACAUACCUUAUUGUAUCUUAAUUCUCCGUUAAACGAAGCUCAGACUGAGUGGUUCAGACCAAUUACUAAAGAAGAUAUAGAUAAUUCAAUAAUGGACAUGGUUAUUGCAACAGGUGUAUCAUUCAAUAUUCUUAAUAAUCCGUCAUUUUAUAUUUUGGCUAAAACUUCUGGACAAAUUUUACUCACAUAUGAUGGUUGGCACUCAACUGUCCAUAAGUCUCAUUAUAUUGUUAUUACAGGAUCCUGGAUUAGCGAUGAUUGGAGAAUAGUUAAUAUUGUUCUAAGCUUUCAAAAGUCGGGUCAAACGGUGAAAGAAAUAAUAUCAGAAAUAAUGAACACAUUAAAAAAUUACUCUAUUAAAAAAAAAUUAUUUGCACUUACUAUGGACAAUACUACUACAAAUAAAGCAGGUUUGAAAGAAAUUAGUAUAUUACAUAAGAACGUUCAUAAAGUUAUGAAAUACUUAGCUAAUCCACUUGCUAGUAAUAGAAUAGAAGUAUUAGAAUCACAUUGUAGAAUUUCCAGAAUAAACUUUUUGAAGCCUAUUCUUAAAAUUGAUACGCGUUGGAACUCUACGCUAGCGAUGUUCGAGAGAUACCUUCAUCUGCAUCCAGCUAUUAAAGAAAUGUGUUCUAAAGAACCAUCAAUGCCCACUUGCUUAGCGAUGAAAGCCUGA